GGAGGUUCCGCCACAGCACAGCCAAAAUUCCUCAACGCUCCAUACCAUGCGUGUUUCCUCCGGACGCAGCCCAGCCGGAGCCCAGUCGGACUUGACCAAGUUCGAUUUAUUAUGUAUGGUAUAUGCGAAUCUUGCCUUGGUAACCGUUGACGAUCAAAUAGCCCCUGCGGCACAGAUUGGUUGCCACAACCAAGCUUUUUCAGUUGUGCCACAUAGUGCACGCUCCAAUAGCCUUUCAAUGCUCGAUAAUUUUCACGAUGGCCAUCCAUUAAUUAGCAUGGAGCUGAAGGCUUCUUCAACCGAGAGGAGCGACCCGCUGAAUCGCACGAGCAAUGAGGGGCAUGGAUGCAAAACAAGGCCCCUUGUCCGAGCAUUGCUCUACGAUGGAUACCCUCUAGCAAGGUGAGACCAUCAAUGGGGCAAGGUGAGUGAUUAGCCGGGUAAUCGAUCGCUCUUUGCUGUAGGAUUGACUUGGGGGAGGCUGUGAGGGCAAGCAUACUUGACAGAGACCUCUCGCCCUUUGCUGCAACCCUUGGCCGCUUAUCCUAACCAGAGUGGCUGCGCCUUCUCACUUACAGCGUUUUAUUUUUAAUUUGUGUUAAUAUUUUACUUUGGCUUACUCUGUCGAGCAGGCCUCGCGCAUCAGAUCAGCAAGCGACCACUUUAACGCAGUAAUCACCUUAAUCAACUCGGCCGACAGGCCAUAAGCGCCCUGAACGUUCCUCCGUUAAGCGAUUUGAGCAAUCAACAAAACGCCACUGCCUGCAACUUGAAGGCGUAGGGAACUUUUUUGGUGUUUAUUGCUUGGCGUACCGCUGCAUUGAUAUCGAUUUGGGAUUCUACAGCAAACAAAAAAAAAACAUUUUCUUCAACAACUUCAAUCUUGAGCUUUGCGCCUGGUUGAUGUCUGUGUGUUAACGGUGAUACUGUUUGGGGGAACCAGGUGGACAGACCUGUGAUAUAUACCUUUGAACGCCGACACGCCCGCAGCAUCUCUGUGAUGAGAACGUGCCCUUUCACGCAGUCUGACUUGUAUGAUGGACUCAAAAUUCAAUGACAACGAAAGGGCCAACAACUCUCGUCCUGUGUUGAACCGCCAAGUAUCAAAUAUCUCAGAUGUCGCCAUGGACAGUGGGAGACAUCAAGAUGGAGUAAAUCCUUCAUCGCGAAUACGGCCAAGGCACUCACUUGUUUCUUUGCCUUCCAUCGCGUCGCCUCAACCGACGCAAGAUUUUUAUACCUCUCAGCAGCAGCCACCUCCGCUGCCUUCUCAGGUUUUGUCUCGACAAGGCAGUUCCCAAGGACAGGACUUGACCUCUAGUCCUGCCGAGAUCCAAAACCAACAUUUCCAAGACUACGACCGAAACUCUUCCCAAGCAAGCACGCCUAAUACCAGCUACCAUAAUGACAGCCAACAUAGUGGCGCAUCUCAAACCACGGCCGUUUCGACACCUCGGCUUCCUUUGCGGUCACCAAACCUCACACCCGGGAGCGCCAUGUCAUAUAGAGGGCGUCAAGGGUCAACGGUACAUGAGGAAGACAAGACUUCCGUAGAUAUCACAUCGAUACAGUUCACUGGCUACAGUGGUGAUCCCACCAAGUCUCCGGGGCUUUCGAGGCCGACACCCGAGCCAUCACCACUCUUUGGACAAGAUGGUAUGGGGUUCGACUUGUCCACCGCCGCUGGUCUUGGGCCGUGGACACAAAGCCAGGAAGACAACCUGAGAGAAGUUUAUCCUGAGCAAGGGGCUCGUUUGGCAGGUGGUCUCGGCUCCGGCUUCCGGACCGCGACGAUCCGAGAAGCCGACCUGGUGCUUGCCGCACCCCCUAGCUCCAACAAAAAGGAGCCUCUGUCCUUCACCAAGCAAGUUUCUGCAAAGCUGAGCCGGAUGAAGACGAUCAGGCUUGCCCAGAGCGAGGCCGACAGGCGUGACGAGAUCAUCGAGGUCAUCAUGGAGUGCCCGCCGAAGCAAGGCCCCGACACUGGCAAUUUCGACAUGAGUGAUAUGGGCGGCCCGUCCUCGUCGCUGGAGGACUUGAAGAGUCCUUUCCAGCCAGGGAUGCGCAGGACGACAUUUCCAACCAAGGACGAAGAAAAGACACAACUAUUUUAUCCGCAGCCGAACUGGCGACCGUUCGUCAUGCGCGGGCCGUACAUGGGCUAUCUCAUUCUUCUCGCCCUUGGCAUGGGAAUUGGGACUGAGCUCUUGUACCGUCAGUCCGUGGAGCAGCCCCUGCUUACUUUUAAAUCGCCCGAGGACAUAUCUGCCGCAACGUACCUUACUCUCAAGUUUGGCCCGACGAUUGUUUCGGUAGUCUUUGGUGUCUUGUGGCAGAUGACAGACAUUGAGGUCCGCCGACUCGAGCCGUUCCAUCAGCUCUCCAAGCCCGAGGGCGCACUGGCGCAAGAGUCUAUCAGCAUCGACUACAUCACGUUCAUCAGCUUCCUACGCCCCUUCCGAGCGAUGCAAUAUGGUCACUACGCCGUGUUUCUCUCCUCGGCCGCAUCGCUGCUGGCCACCACGCUCGUGCCAACCCUUGGCGCUGCAUCAAUCGUAAUGACGCCUAACAGAGAGCAGAGGCUUGCCAACCCAGGGGUGGAGAAAUCAAUCAUCAUCAACCCCGUCUGGGCGCGCUGUCUUACCAGCGUCCUCGUAAUCGUGGCAUUUUUGGGCGGUGUUUUGCUUUAUGUUCUCAAUACCAGGAAGUCUGGGCUUAGUGCGGAUGUCAAGGGCAUCUCGGGGUUGGCUUCCAUGGCGGUUGUUAGCCACAUCCUGAUGGACUUUCAAGAUAUGGACACUGCUCAGCCCCAGGAUAUCCAUCGCCGACUCAAAAACAGGCGUUAUGCUAUUCGCAACUCCUCGCUGGCGCCCAUGGACAGCCAGCCGGUGUCGCUCGCGUCGCGGCGACGAACAUCGACCCUUCAAGACAGCAGCGACAACAAUGAAAGCGGCCUCUCGCAAAACCCGCACCCACUCAUGCUGCGGGCCGCAGGCUGCGUGCCCCUGAUCGGCGCCAUUGUGGUGUUCUUCAUCCUGGUUUACGUGGUGAUCUUUGUUAGCGACGCGGCUGUGAUUACGGACCGUGCACCCUGGAUCAUCACGAUGUUGGCGGUCACAAUCAAGAUGGGCUGGGGUGGGCUCGACGCGGAUCUGCGCAUGAUGGAACCCUACCACAUCUUGUGGCGCCGCCACGCUCCGCCCAAGACGCUGACGCUCGACUACACGGCCAUGCCCGUGGGCUGGGUGGCGGUCAAGGGGCUCUUCAACCGGCACUUUCUCGUCUUCCUCGUCGGACUCGGCACCGUCAUGUCCGAGGUGCUCACCGUCCUGGUCACCUCGCUGGCCACCGUGUCCGGGCAGGACUUUUUGAAGCACGAGCCCGCGCAGAUCAUGCAGCCGACGGUGGGCCUCAUCCUGGACGACGACGAAGAGGGAGGUCGCACCGUCAAGGCCGGCCAGGAGACCCAGGGCUCCUUCUUCACCACCCUGGCGGCCGUCUCCUUCAUCCUGAUCUACAUGGCCAUAGUGGCGGGCGCAGUGGCCGUCAAGCGUGGAAAGCCGUUCCUGCCCCGCCAGCCAAACACAAUCGCAAGCGUACUCGCCUUCAUCCACCAGAGCAAGAUGGUGUACGACUUUGUCGGAACCAGCAAGUUCAACAGGAACGCCAUGAAGAAGCGGCUGGCAGAGGUUGGCAAGACCUACGGUGUCGGUUGGUUCACGGGUCGCGACGGGCAGACACACUGCGGUGUCGACGAGGAGGAGCUCCUGGGCGACUUUAUCCCAGGCUAUGGUCUUGGUGAUACCAAACAGCCAUGGGUGGCUGUGUGAUUCUCAUGCUCGAGGAUGGGAUUCAUCGUAUGGAAAGUGUUGACGAUUGGAACAACGGUCCUUGUAUUCUUGAUACCCCCCCUAGGCCAGCUAGCAAUGAUAACGAAUGGCAUGUCCAUGAGAUGGCACAAGGAGCUACAUAUAAGCAUCUGCAUCUGCAUCUGCAUCUUUAAUAUCUGGGGACAUCUUUAUCCUACUUUAUUUUUAUUAUAGUGCGCAAAAUCGGGAUGCUUGACUGAUUUCGGCAAUCAUUUUACAUACUCUAGUUCUAGUUCUAGAAUGCGCCCUGCUGAAG